CGCGCUUUGCUCUCCAAGAAAAUGCGGGGCAAGAUUUGACGACGCCGGAUCGAUCGACCAGCUGGGGAUCGCCAAGACUCGGCCCGGGAAGGGAUAAAGAUUUGGAGGCGCUGCGAUCGAUGGAUUGAUCGAUCGAUAUUCUCGCUUUGGAACGAUUUCCAUUCUCUUAUCUCUCGCUCUCUCUCGCUCCCCAGGUUGCUUUUCUACGCAUUUGCUCCCAGAUUCCUUGGACUUGAUCGGCAGAUUCCUUGCUUGUGUCGAGAGAUCGCGCCAGGGCUUUUGCUCCCUCCUUUCUUCUUUCUCUCUGGAGAGGGAGCUUCUUUUCUUGCCUUGGAGCUCUGAAAAAGAAGAAAUGGGGUUUUUCCUUCGCGAUGCCGCCAGCAGCGGCAUCUACACAUUUUUGUGAGGAUAAACAUCGCUUCUACACGCAAUAGGCGGCAUCUCUCAUCUCUCCAGCGAGCAUUCCUCUCCUUUUCUCUUUUCUGGCAGUCACAUCUCUAUAUGUAUUGGCUCCCUCCUCGACGCCAAGGACACUGCCACCAGCGAUCGUCUUCUCCUCCUCGGCAAGCGAUCCAUUCCAGAUCUCUCGCUGAUUGCCCGCUGCACAAAUGGAAAUGCCCAUCAGGCUCCUCGCCCCGGCCGAGCCCGAUCUGUCGCUGCGCAUCAGCACGCCUCCAGCGAUCCGGGGAGGAGGAUCGCACCACGACGGCACGUCGGCGUUUGAGAUCUGGAAGAAAUCCGGGGGCAGCAGCAGCAGCAGCGACUGCUCCAGCAGCAACUAUUCCCCGCGAGGCGAGCACCACCACCUCGAGGCCGUGGAGGCGUCCACGGAAUUGAGCCUGGGGAGGAGCUUCCUCUAUCGCGCGCACAGCGGUGAGAUCGACCACCACCACCACCAUGCCUCAAUGCAUGCGGCCAGGAGCGACCGCAAUUCCUCCAUCGAUGGCCUCUUCCGGAUUGGAAUGAGAUCAUCCAGCCCGGAUGGCGAUCACUAUCCCCGCCAAGGCAUCGACUUCCUCUCCCGCGCGCCGGCGUAUGGCCUCCGGUUUGCUCCAGUCACGGAGAUCACCCAGGAGCAUCACGAUCCAGCUCCGGCGGUGGGGAAUUCGAAUUCCCACAGUGGUCAUUGCCAGGAGCAGCAGAAGAAGAUCGAGAAGAUGGGCGGGAGUGAGAAUUCGCUGCGGGAGUCGAUCGUCGUCAGUGCUCCAUCGCAGCAGCGCUCGCGGAUCAUCUCCAAAUUGCCCGUGAAGCGCAGUGCACGUGCACAGAGGAUGCGUUGGACCAGCAAUCUCCAUGCCCACUUCGUGAAGGCGGUUGAAAGGCUUGGAGGCCACGAAAGAGCUACGCCCAAGACGGUCCUGGAAUUGAUGAACGUCAAGGAGCUCACGCUGGCUCACGUAAAAAGCCAUCUCCAGAUGUAUAGGACGGUGAAGACAACGGACAAGGCUACGUUGACAGAGAAAAACAUGGAGGAGAUGGCAGAGGAGGCGCAGUCUCCAAAUUCCAGCUCCAGCGGACGCGACGACUGGAGCAACACGAGAUGCAACACUAAUGUCAGACUAGUAGGACAGCUCGAGUGCAGGCAGGCGAGCUUGGCAAGCACGAUGAACUUAGCAGUCUUGGCAAUCUCGUCCCCAAAAGAGCUGCUGUUGCUGCAGUGCAAUGGCUAGGAAGCUAAGCACCGAGAUUAUUUUUUCUCCCUACUUUUUUCUCUGUUGUACGUUCGUUCUCUCGUUCCGGGAGACGGUGCUUAGCUUUUACCUUCAUUUGGAGCUGGGGGUCGUCAGAUCAGUCAGCUCAGUGAAGGUCCAAGCUAAACACUCGCAGAAAGUCUACCAUGUGUUAACUAAUAAACUUACUUUAGCUUUUUAAGGUAUUUAAAA